AUGCCACUUCCACUUCACGGACAAGCCAAAUCCAAAUCUGACGAAAGCAUCAACCAAGUAGCCAAGCAGUCAAUCAAUCAAUCAAUCAAUCGAUCAACCAAGCAGCCAAGCAGUCAAUCAACCAAGCAGCCAAGCAGUCAAUCAACCAAGCAGCCAAGCAGUCAAUCAACCAAGCAGCCAAGCAGUCAAUCAACCAAGCAGCCAAGCAGUCAAUCAACCAAGCAGCCAAGCAGUCAAUCAACCAAGCAGCCAAGCAGUCAAUCAACCAAGCAGCCAAGCAGUCAAUCAACCAAGCAGCCAAGCAGUCAAUCAACCAAGCAGCCAAGCAGUCAAUCAACCAAGCAGCCAAGCAGUCAAUCAACCAAGCAGCCAAGCAGUCAAUCAACCAAGCAGCCAAGCAGUCAAUCAACCAAGCAGCCAAGCAGUCAAUCAACCAAGCAGCCAAGCAGUCAAUCAACCAAGCAGCCAAGCAGUCAAUCAACCAAGCAGCCAGUCAAUCGAUCGCAGUGA